AGUUUAGUAUAAAAAGCCCGCUAGUUCAGGCUCUGACCAUCAUACAAAACUUUUCUAGAAGCAAGCAAUGGCUACUGGAUAUAAAAGAUAACCUCUGUUACUCUGCGAGCCAACCAUCACAAUGAUGACUGACUAUUCCUCACCGAUUCAAGACAUGCAGCCUGUGCGGGGGAUUGCAGAGGCCAAAUCGCUAGAGUUUCUUCAAAUGCGCACUGGUCGCUACGAUGCUGAUGAUACCAGUACCAGUGCAGAAUUCCUCUAUAAACAUUGGCUUGAUGCAUUAGAGAUCAUACGUGGAGGACUGAGUGAUGGGCCAUUGAGAAAAGAGCAUAAUGUCAAGCUAUUUGUUGAUAAUGACAGAAAGUUUGCAAAAUUAACUUACAACGAAGGCAGUGAGACAUGUAUGUUUAUAUUCAGUACUGAAUGUCCAAAAGAACUGAGUUCCACUGAAUUCUCACUUGUUCAUAUUUGUACGGAAAAUGUGAAGAAAGUGCAAGAUUCUCCUUUUCAACUAACAAAUGCAACGAGACUCAAUGCUGUGAAGUAUUUCUACACAGGGGCCAACUCACUGAGGCCUCUUCCUGCUCUUCCUAAAAAGUACAGGGUAGAUGUCAUCCAUCAAUCUGAAGUCAAUUUCAUUGUUUCGAAAUGGUCCCUGACUAAUAACUCUGAUAAAGCAAAACGACUAAUGAAGCAUUUCAUUUCAAGUUACCCAAACGUUGCAGUCUACGACACAACAGUGGAACCUGCUCAACCAGUCUCCUGGGCUACAUCAUCAGGAUUGGGUAUAAUAUAUAACCUGCAAACACUAAAAGGCCAUCAAGGGAAUGGACUUGGUACAGUCGUAGUACAAGAACUAACAAAGAAGUUGCUAACAAAAGGAGUUACUCCAAUUGCAUACAUAGAGAUUGGUAAUGACGCAUCAAUCAACCUCUUUAAUAAGUGCGGAUAUGAAAGAGUUGGAUCUGAAGGAUACUGCUUCUACUCAUAAAAUAGAACCAACUAACUUGCACUAAUCACGUCUAUGUUUACAUUAUAAUUUAAUUUCUGCGUGCAUAUAUCUGAUAAAUAUUUUCUGGGAAAAUUUUAUAGAGAAUAAUUAUAAUACCUUUAUAUGCCAAAGCAUGCACACUAAUAACUAAAUGCUUCCAAAAAGUUUCAAAUCACAAUGAAUUACAUCAA